CUCACGCCUGGCUUCACCUCCCACCGCAACCAUAUGAUGGUCAAUUACCUCAUGUGCCUAGUAUCAUGACUUUGCACAUGUAACGAUACCCUAUUAUAUGCUUCAUUUAUUUCCCUGAGCCUCGAGCAAGAUUGUUGACUGUUUUGAAUCCCCAUCUGGAACCCCCACCGCUCGUUUGCCGCUCAGCAUCGGACCUGGCCUCCCCGCUGACCCAUCACAUCCGAUAUACAAAAACACCACAGCACUGGAGAAGCCAGAGGGGGUUCCUUACCCUGGUACUUUCGGAGCAGCGAAGACGGCGAUCCUGAAACUGAAAGUUCUGCCACUUCUAUAUACCCCAUCAUGCCGGCGCCGAUGACCGCGCAGCAGAAAGCUGCUGUGUCGGAUUUUGUGAAAGUUGCUGGGAUAGACAGGACCACCGCAGCCAGGUUACUCCGAGGAAAUGCCUGGAAUGUCCAGCAAACGAUCAACGCGUAUUAUGGCAACAGCCCGCAGAAGACGACGCUAUCGAAGCUGUUCGACCAAUACUGCGACGACCCCUCCUCGCCUGAUACGAUCGGGAUGGACGGUAUGAUGCGAUAUCUCGGGGACCUGAAAGUGUCGGUAGAAUCGAUCGGGCUAUUCGUCGUCUCUGAGAUCGUCAAGAGCCCUUCGAUGGGGGAGAUGAAGCGGGAGAAGUUCAUCGAGGGCUGGCAAGAGUUAGGGGCCGACACUAUCAGCAAGCAACAGUCCCUCGCGAAAAGCAUCCAGUCCCAACUUCCUAAAGAUCCGGCUGUCUUCAAGCGAGUCUACCGCCACACGUUUUCCCUGGGCAUCAACUCCGAGCGCGCCCGCACCAUCGACCUGGAAAUGGCGAUCGAGUUCUGGAAAGUGCUGUUCUCCUCCCAAGGCUGGCGGUGGGCGAGCAAGACGACCGACUGGCUCGCGCUGUGGCAAGAAUACCUGCUCAGCAACUGGAAGAAGGGUGUGAACCGCGACAUGUGGGAUCAGACGUACCAGUUCGCGCUGAAGACCAUGGAAGAUGAAAGGUUGGGGUUUUGGAGUGAGGAUGCUGCGUGGCCGGGGGUGAUUGAUGAGUUUGUGGUCUGGUCGAAUGAGAAAAGGGGGGUGAUGCAGAAGGAUCCCGAUGAGAUGGAGAUGUAGGCUGGGAGCAAAGAGGAUACCCCUUGAUUUGAGGGAGAGCGAAUUAGCAUAUUGUCCAUCACGAGGGAUAUAUGUAGAGCUGGGAUAAACCGAGGUGAUGAGGCGGGCGACGUUGACCUUGCCAGAGGAAAGGGUCAAAUACCAGCAUUUCUGGCUUUCCAUAGCGAACGGGGAGUUCUGAUAGCCUCAUGAUAGUGGAUGGCGCAUCCACAGCCGAGUAGAGGACGGGAAUCGAUUCAUAUUUACGACUUCACCCAAGCAGACCUAUACUACAAUAUUCUCGA